AUGCUGGUGGGCGACUCGGGGGUCGGCAAAACCUGCUUGCUGGUGCGGUUCAAAGACGGCGCUUUCCUUGCCGGCAGCUUCAUUUCCACGGUUGGAAUCGACUUCAGGAAUAAGGUGCUGACGGUGGAUGGGGUGAAGGUGAAGCUGCAGGUAUGUCCCCUUGGGCCUGAGGAGCACCCCAGAAGCGGGUCCCACGCCUACUACCGGGACGCCCACGCCCUGCUCCUGCUCUACGACGUCACCAACAAAGCGUCGUUUGACAACAUCCAGGCUUGGCUGACAGAGAUUCAUGAAUACGCGCAGCAGGAUGUGGUCCUCAUGUUACUGGGAAACAAGGUGGAUUCAGCCCAGGACAGAGUGGUGAAAAGGGAAGAUGGAGAAAAAUUAGCCAAGGAGUACGGCGUGCCCUUUAUGGAGACCAGCGCAAAAAGUGGCCUCAAUGUUGAAUUAGCGUUCACAGCCAUUGCAAAGGAACUGAAGCACAGGUCCGUGAAGCUGCCCAACGAGCCCAAAUUCAAGCUCCACGACUACGUGAAGAAGGAAGUGAGGGGCUCGGGCUGCUGCAGGUCCUAA